AUGCAGUUUCGCCUCUUCUCUUUUGCCCUCAUCAUUCUGAACUGUAUGGAUUACAGCCACUGCCAAGGCAAUCGAUGGAGACGCAGUAAGCGAGGUGGGUCCCUCUCAGCUGAAGCUAGUUAUGUAUCAAAUCCCAUUUGCAAGGGGUGUUUGUCUUGUUCAAAGGACAAUGGGUGCAGCCGAUGUCAACAGAAGUUGUUCUUCUUCCUUCGAAGAGAAGGGAUGCGCCAAUAUGGAGAGUGCCUGCAUUCCUGCCCAUCAGGGUACUAUGGACACCGAGCCCCAGAUAUGAACAGAUGUGCAAGAUGCAGAAUAGAAAACUGUGACUCUUGCUUUAGCAAAGACUUUUGUACCAAGUGCAAAGUAGGCUUUUACUUACAUCGAGGACGUUGCUUUGAUGAAUGUCCAGAUGGUUUUGCAUCAUUAGAUGAGACCAUGGAAUGUGUGGAAGGAUGUGAAGUUGGUCACUGGAGCGAAUGGGGAACUUGUAGCAGAAAUAAUCGCACGUGUGGAUUUAAAUGGGGUCUGGAAACCAGAACACGGCAAAUUGUUAAAAAGCCAGCAAAAGACACAAUACCAUGUCCAACCAUUGCUGAAUCCAGGAGGUGUAAGAUGGCCAUGAGGCACUGUCCAGGAGGGAAGAGAACACCCAAGGCAAAGGAGAAGAGGAACAAGAAGAAGAAGAGGAAGCUGAUAGAAAGAGCUCAAGAGCAACACAGUGUCUUUCUAGCUACAGACAGAGCAAACCAAUAA